AUGGUUAUCCCGGGUGACACCAUCUGCGCCGCUCUUGACAAAGGCGGCGGCGUCCGCUUCGGCCCCGACACAUUCGCAAUCUACACCCGCGCGCCCCUCCCUCGCAGCUUCGCAGACCUCGACAAGAAUGCCGCCCUCCAUACCAAGCUGACAGCCGCCGCGGCGCUGGUCUGUCAGACGCUCCCCGUCUACGUGGAUCUAGACGCUACGGACAUGACGCAACUCGCUUCGCUCCCUGUGCCCGUACCCCUCACUUCGAAUGUCGAGGCGGUAUCGAAUAAAACGACCAGUCACCCGCCGUGGUUCCUCAUCAACGCCGCAACGAUCAAGAAACACUGUGUGGUCGGAAGUGGGUCGGUAGCUCAGGCGCUCCUCGUCAUCCUACAACGCCCCUGGUGUGUCCUCGAGAUAUGCUGCACGGAUCCAGCGACCAUCGCAGCCGUAUUGGCGUUCGCGCGGCUUGCGGCGCAGGAGGAUCUCGAUAGUUACGAUGCUUCAGUCCGGCUGUUGAGUUAUGAGCAAAGGGCGAGGAUCACACCGGCGCCGGCGUCAGCACCAAUCCCGGCGGAUAUAUCUACCCCCUCCAUUUCUCAGCACGGGCCUAGCCCACGAUGCUCGAUAAACGCGCUUCGCGAUAUCUAUGCGGCUACUACGCUCACGGCAUCCUAUAACCGGUUCUGGCUGCCGCUUAUUUGCACCUGUGCGUUCUACCUGGGUAUAUCAUUCUCAGAAGUUGUGAGGCGGAUCCGCAAGGAUCUAGAUGUCGACGGCCCGUUAGGUGAGAAGGAAAGGGGCUCGACUUGGACCGGACUUUAUAGAGAGAUUCUUAAGAUGAUUAACGAGUGCCUUUGA